UGGGAAAUAUCUGUCAAUCAGAUAUCAGUUGUAGACUAAUACAGAAAGCUGUAUGUUCUCCAAACAAAAUUUGUCUCUGUGAUUCAAAUACUUUCGCUGUAGAUACAAUGACCUGUGCACCUCUUUUGAACACUUCUUGUCGACAUGAUGAGUGCAAAAUUGAAUCGUCUCAUUGUAUUGAACGUAAGUGUCAAUGCAAACCUGGUUAUUCAGCAGUUUCUACCAAUCAAUGUGUUAAAACCUCAUCGUUGUACUCUUGCACAGAUAUCUCUCAUUCCGCAGAUUCCUGGCAUUUUGACUGUUCAAAGGAAAAGAAGUGUGUUUGCAAAGCUAACAAUUCUGCUAUCAACAAUUUAUCAUGCUUACCAGUAUUAGGCGGAAUUUGCUGGAAAGACGACCAAUGCGUCACGCAGAAUCCCAUCUGUGUUGAUUUCCGUUGUCGAUGUAAAUCUGGCUUCAUUCUUGUUUCUCAUAAUAUGUGUGAAUCCAUAGAAUGCAGGUAUUAGAAGAAAGUCCCUGAUCUCUAUACUCACUAUUUUUAUAAAGAUCAGUGAAAAAAACACUUUAUUUAAUAGCUCAAUACUUCCAAAUGAAAAUUUUGAAUAUUUAAAAAUAAUUUGCUUUAUUCAAGAUAUUCGUUAUUUUCCUUAA